CUAAGCAGUGUGCGCGGCAGCGCUUGCAGUAAGACAGGCUGCAGAUGUGGUGCUUUUUCACAAAAUGGAGCUGCUAGUUCCACAUGCUGUAGACGUGUUGCUACUGCAAAGUAAAAUGAGCUUUUUGUCACCAGCCAGACACCUAUCUUACACUGCUACACUUCUGUCACAACCACACAUUGUGAUAAAGAGGUGCACAGUCCUUAACCCAGCAACGUUGAUUCCGUUGCCGGGGGAUGGUACACCACAUAACUGUUUGGAUGCCACAGAACAUCUACAGCUGCCCAGAGAAGAUUUAAGUGACACGCCACUUGACAAAGGAGAAAAGUGGUUUGUGGAUGGAUCAUGUUCAAAGGAUCCUAGAGGGAACAAUCAAAGUGGCUAUGCAAUUGUGGGAUUGCCAAACCAGAUUGUUGAAGCAGAGAAGCUUCCAUACAACAGGUCAGCGCAGGCUGCUGAGCUAAUUGCGCUAACAAGAGCUUGUCAAUUAGCAGAAGAUAAGGAAGUCACUGUAUACACGGACAGUCAGUAUGCGUUUUCUACUCUGUUCUAUUUUGCGAAACAAUGGGAGCGCAGAGGGAUGACAACAUCGACCGGUAAGCCGGUUACCCAUGCCUCCUUGUUAAAAGACUUGUUGCAGGCUAUUCAUUUACCUGCUAAUCUAGCUGUGUGUAAAUGUGCUGCUCACACCACUGGCACAGAUGAAGUCUCAAAUGGAAACAGAUUAGCAGACAAAAUUGCUAAAGAAGCAGCAGCAGGGAAACAUGGCCGUGAAUUCUUUUUAAUAGAUUCAGAGGACACACAACUCAUAGAUAAAACUAUACUGACAGAUAUGCAGGGCAAUGCUCCAAUGGUGGAAAAACGAAUGUGGACGACGAAAGGUGCAAUGAUGGAUACAGAUAAUAUCCACCGCAUCGAUGACAAACCUGUUUUACCAAAAUCACUUUUUAAGGCAGCAGCAAUUGCGACCCAUGGGCCUUGCCAUGUGUCGACAGGAGGGAUGAAGUCUAUCAUACAUCAACAAUUCACUACCUUUGGUUUAGAUGCUUACUUAAAAAAUUUUUGUAAAGCAUGUCCUGUUUGUGUGAAACAUAAUCCACAAGGAAAUAUGAGACCUAAGAGAGGCUCAUUUCCAAAACCGUUUUACCCAUUUCAAAUCAUGCACAUGGAUUUUAUUGAGCUCACACAAAGUGGACCUCACAAAUACUGCUUAGUGAUGAUUGAUGCAUUUUCCAAAUGGGUGGAAAUAGUUCCAUCUAAACGAGCAGAUGCCUUAACAGUGGCAAAAGCCAUCUGCAAAGCCAUCAUACCGACUCAUGGCAUCCCCCAAACCAUUUACAGUGACAAUGGUCCACACUUUGUGAACCAAGUUGUACAGAACAUGGCUGUACACCUUGGGAUGACAUUAAAAAACCACUGCGCUUGGCAUCCUGCGAGCGCUGGUCUGGUUGAACGAGCAAACUCCACUAUCAAAAGCAGGUUGAAAAAAUGCAUGGAAACAACAGGCAGAUCUUGGCCAGAGUGCCUAGACUUAGUGAAGCUCUAUAUGAGAAUUACUCCCACUUCAGAAGGGCUAACACCUUUUGAAAUCAUCCAUGGGAGACCAUAUAGACUACCUGUGUUCCCUGCAGAUUUGCAAAAAGCAGAUGAAGAGCAGUCCUUGGCAGACUAUAUGAUAAGGACGCUCAAACUGAAAGAUGUGUCAAAUGCAAAUUUACUGCCGCCUGAUCUUUCCUCCUCACAGGUCGACAAACCCAUCGAUCCAGGAGACUGGGUCUACAUCAAGGUCGUAAAAAGAAAGAACUGGCUCAGCCCACGGUGGGAGGGACCAUUCCAAGUCUUGCUGACUACCCCCACCGCAGUGAAGAUUGCUGAACGGCCCAGCUGGAUUCACCUCAGCCACUGCAAGUUGCAGAGAGUGCUGGACCCCUAAUUCGGAGUGGUGGGGAAGGCUAACUUCAAAGGAGUCCUAUCGUUUAGGGUGGGACGUCUCAAUGUUGGUGAAGAAAACAACGAUCCCCACUCCGCUAGGCGAGGGGAUGUCCCGGUGUCUCUGCCAUCCUAGUAGCAACGGGGCUCCAUAUGCCAGAUGGAUCCUCUGCUGCGUUGUGGUUGGAGCGUGCUAUGGUCUAUGGACUCAUUUGAACAGACCAAGUGACAAUGUUGACCGUGGAAAACGAUGGUCACACGAUGAGAACUUUGAGGACUGGUCAUGGGACCCCAAAAACCCAUACGAAACCAACACGUGGUACCGGUACGUUAAGUUCACUGUGAGAGCCCACACACAGGAGGGAUGUUAUGUGUGUUCAAAACUCCCCCCUUCCUCCACGCAAGUUCACUUGGAGGCCAGAGCAAUGAAUGUCACUGAAGCGAAAUGCAUGGCAUCCAUGGGAGGAGUUGGAUAUCAACACCCUGCCGUCAAAGUGAGUGAUGACGACCCUUUCCGCCCUGGACUUGUGGAAGGCACCUGUGAUAAGCUUUUCUGGACAAAUCUCAAUGUGACUGUUAAAGGACGAACAUUACCGCAGGUGGCCUACACAGAGCGGCGGCCUGGAGUGAACUAUACGUGUUACAUCCAAGGAAGUGAGACCCACAAAUGCAUUGACAGUGACUGCUCUCCAGGAGGAAACUGGAUGGGAGCUUUGGACAUCGUCACUGAGUGUCAAGAUAGGAGAGCCAUUUCAGUUGGGGAGGGCUCUCCGACUAACAUGUCUGCACCAUCGAACGGAACAUACUUCAUACAGAAUGGCUGGUGGCUGUGCGGUCACAAGGUUUAUCCAAUGCUGCCCGCCAACUGGACAGGAGUGUGUGCACCAGUGUGGGUGACAGACCACACCUACAGGAUACGACAUCGACAGCUGACGACAGCACGCAACUCUUCUGGACGUCAACGCAGAGCGGUUGCAACCUUUGACCCUCAUGACCCUAUCUGGGGUGCGAAUGUUCCAGGCGACCAUAAAGUAUGGUCCGUUGGAGACAAAGUUGUUCAUGCGCUUUUUCCCUGGGUCGGAAUUGGAAAACAAUCACUCUUCAUCGAGACACUGAACUAUCGUUUUCAAUCCUUUGCGAAUCUCUCACUACAAGUCAACGAUGGACAAAAUAGAGAGAUUCAGGCUAUUAGGCUGAUGGUCUUGCAAAACAGGAUGGUUCUGGACUUGUUGACAGCAGCACAAGGUGGUGUGUGCCACAUCAUUGGGACUUCCUGUUGCACAUACAUUCCUGGAGAGAAUGAUACACACAUCUACGACGCCAUGGCUUCGCUGAAGAACUUACAGCAGGCCAUGUCAAAUGACAAAGUUCCACAACAGUGGGGUUUCUUUUCAUGGCUAUUCUCUGGCAACUGGUGGCAACUGCUUUUGAAACUAGUGUCUCCUGUGCUUGUUGUGCUGGUGUUGUUGUGCUUGUUUACAACCUGUGUUAUCCCAUGUUUGAAGUCUGCUGUGACGAGAGUCGUCUCUUCUACCGUAGCACACGUAAAUAUACAACUUCUUAGUCGUGACGGAUGUGAUGACCAUGAUGAAACGCGGAUUGCGUAGGUGCUAUUAUACUGGACGUGUUUUACAGAAACUUGAUGAUUUGACCAUCGAAAAUGCUUCGCAGGUGAUGGAUACAAUGAUGUACUGUUUCUGUGUUUUUCUUUUUAUUUUUUUGUUGAUAGCAUUCUGGUCGCCUAAGGCAGAGGGACCGUGUGUGACUUUUCCUGCAUAUUAACAUCGGCCAGCAGGUUUUUAGACCACACAAUAAGUUUAAUCUGGAGUAUUGAGGAAUGUCCUCAUCUUCUCUGGAAGUUGUUGCUAUCGGUGUUUGUUGUUUUUGUCGUGUUUCACCCUACACGCUCCCCAACCCGUCCGCUGUGAUCUCAGUUUUUAUUGAUCUUUUUUAUUGUUGUUUUUUUAUUUUUGCUAUUCUUCUUUAUAUUUACUUACUUACUUAUGUUUGAUUGAUCGGGUUCACAUAAUCAUAUGAUAAAACAGGAGGGAGAUGUCAGGGUUUUCCAAACUAUCUUGAUCUAUGAUUAUGGUGGAAUGUAUAUAACCGGUAAUAAAUAACUUAGGUAGAUUAGUUUUAUGCUUACGUUGGUAUGUAACCGGUAAUAAACCACUUAAGUCUGCCCCAUCCUAAACAAUGUCGUAAAACAUCCCCUGCUCUGUUUUCCUAGAUGUCAAGAGCUUUAACUUGUUUAUUCAGUCUACUGUCACCCCCACCCUGUUCCUCUUAAUAAAGAUGCGCUUGUGGGAAGGGAGAGUUAGACUUCAUUCGACUAUCGCUGUGACAACAGCGACGAGUGAACUCUCCGCCUGCAGGUGCCCAAAACGA